GGAUUUUUCUUUGUUUAGUCACCUCUAGGUGACCGCGGUGCUGCAUCACUGCAACGAAGUAACGCAUCAACAUGGUUGCCAGCGAAUUUCUCGGUUACAUUCAAACCUUUUCUGCCUGUAACUAUGUGGGGUUUGAAGACUUGGCUGAUCGGGCCAAUUUCCAGUGGAACGUUAUCAUUAUACUCAUCUGUAUGGUUCUCGUCACUCUGCGACAAUAUUUUAUGACCCCACUGGUGUGCUACCUACCCACAACGGUGAGCGGCGUAAAUGCAGACUCUUAUAUCACAAACCUAUGCUGGAUCGAGGGUACCUUCCCAAUCAAUUUGACCUCGGGUAUCGUACCACACAGGAUGGAGGAGUGGGAUGCAAUGAGACCACAUCAGAUGAAUUACUAUCAGUGGGUUCCAUUGGUUUUGGGGUUGCAAGCUAUCUUAUAUUAUCUGCCACGGAUUUUCUGGAGCAUAUUCACCUACAACCGCACGGGUACCGAUCUACAGAAUCUCGUUCGAACCGCCAAUUCAAUUACCAAGGAGGAGGGGGAGAAACGUUCCAAGAUGGUCCAACACAUUGCGCGCACUUUAGAAAUCCUCCUAUUCAGUCGACGUGAAUAUCGUGGUGGGUCAGGUAGCCUUGCUGAUCGUCUACGACAUUCAUCAAUCAUACCAGGAAAACGCCACGGAAACAAUCUUGUCUACGUCUACAUUACUGUAAAGCUGUUAUACGCUAUAAUUGGAAUUUGUCAGCUGUAUAUGAUGUACCUGUUCCUGCGAUUCGACGCCCGUGAAGGCUAUUUGUUCUUCGGUUUUCGCAUAUUGCAAGAUAUCAUCCAUGGGAAACCGUGGACUGAGACACAAAUAUUCCCCAGAGUGGGCAUGUGCAGACACACACUGCAACAUGUGGGCGCCAGCAACAGAUUGUUUGCUCAGUGUGUUUUGCCAAUCAAUAUGCUAAACGAAAAAAUCUACGUAUUCUUGUUCUUCUUUCUGGGUGCGGUAAUGUUGAUCACCCUGAUUAGUAUUCCUCUGUGGAUGAGCCGAAUGGGAAUGAAGAAACGUCAGCGUCAUUUUGUUCGACGCUUCCUCAAAAUCGCAGACGUAUUUGACAGAGAUGACCCAAAAAUGGCACUAUUGGUGGAUCGCUUCAUCUCUGAAUUCCUCAGGCAGGACGGUCAUUUCAUAUUACGGAUGAUUUCCAUGAAUGCAGGUGACCUGGUCACUGUUGAGAUUGUGUGUUGCUUGUUUGCUGACUAUAAGAAACACUACAUGGAUAAGGAUUUCCGUGGCCCACCAAUUGUUCCGAAACCACCGAAAUAUUUGAGUGAAUACGUGCCGCGUUUAAACCAUCUUUCUGGUGACAUGCCGGCCGAGAUUGUAGACAAGAAUCACGGGGGAUUUAUGAGUGCGCCUCUUGAGCAGGGUGGGAUAGCAACGGUGCGUCAACGACCUCUGCCAACAGCACCUUAUCCUGUCACCACUGGUGGAAGUCCUGUGAUCAUGAAGUCUGCCAAAACAAUCGACUACACUGAAAUGUAUCCCAUCAGCCGCAUACGUUCUAGUCCUCCAGGACUUAAUGAGCCUGAUGGAUCAGGAGAACAAACUCCUCCAGACCGUGCAACACGACCUGAACAGAGGGCAGCUCCUGCACCAAGGCCAGCUGAAGAGGCUGGUGAGCGCGAAUCUACCGUGAAGAGAGUAUACCAUCCACCUUGUGAAGUAUGAUACCUAUGUACCGUUUUUUAUUCCGCUCACUGAGGGAUACUGGUCUCUGACAACUUUGUCCAUUUUUUAUCCUUUGCCCACGUUCAGGUUUCACCUGUUAAAACGAUCUCACUUUUGUACUCCAAUACCUCAGGUCUUUUUAAGCGUUUCCUCGAAUACGUAUUUUUUAAUCCAACUGCGCACUUAUUUCCUAGUCUCACAAUUCGCUGACAAUGUGACGAGAAUGUGGGUCGCCUUUUGCGAUUCCCUUGACCGUUUGAAUCCUACGUCAUUAAUUCUCGCCCAGCAAAUACGUGGCUUAGAAAUGCUCCACUUUUUAAACCCCACACAAUAAGUGGCCGUGUUACACUUCUCCCUUGUGUUGUUUUUCUACGCAUCUUAAUUGUCAAUCAGUUGGUACGUUCG